UGCAGUGAUACAGAGACACGGUGAGCGACGCACUGGCGGAAAGUCCGGGAUUUUCUCUUUCCUGUCUCUCUCGCGCGUUUCGGGACGAAAACAUUAAAUUAGAGCCGUUGAACGAACGCACAUCCGGGGAGAUCACUUCUGGAGACUUUUGGGAUAGUCCGCACGUGCCGAACACCCCGUUUUCCCAAACACAUACCACAUAAUCGUUUAAUUUUUGCCAACUUGUAAAAUAUAUUUUUUUGUGCGCAAUGGCGAGCUGUUUGCAUCGUCUGUCCGCUCGUGUCCACGUGGAGUGGGUCGGGAUGGCUGAACAAUAAGUAAAUAGGAACUCGCGUGGAUCGGAGAGCCUUGUGAGAGUGGAUCUCACAUGAAACCUCCUUAGCUCCUCACUUUGGGGGUCUAUUCAGCAGUCUGCGCAGCCCGCUAGUUCAGAGCGCGCUCGUGUCCGACUCCACGAUGUGCUCCAGUGGGAAAUACUUGGCGUUUCUGUCCUUGCUGGGAAGUAUCGUGUCGGAUCCGGGAACCACAAACCGAGUGGUUCUGUUGGACACAACGACAGUGCUGGGAGAGCUGGACUGGAAGACCUAUCCUGUCAACGGGUGGGAUGCCAUCACUGAGAUGGAUGAGCAGAACAGACCUAUUCACACCUUCCAGGUUUGCCACGUAAUGGAGCCAAACCAGAACAACUGGCUGCGGUCUGGAUGGAUCCAACGGCAGGCUGCACAGAGGGUGUAUGUGGAGCUGCGUUUCACGCUGAGAGACUGCAACUCCAUUCCUUGGGUGUCUGGUACCUGUAAGGAAACCUUCAACCUUUUUUACCUGCAGACAGAGGAACCACUGUCUGCGGCGACGCGGUUCAGACCCACCGACUACGCCAAGGUGGACACCAUAGCGGCAGAUGAGAGUUUUACACAGACAGAUCUCGGAGAUCGGGUUCUUCGCCUGAACACCGAGGUCAGGGAGGUCGGGCCGGUGACACGGAGGGGCUUCUACUUGGCCUUCCAGGAUGUCGGGGCUUGUAUUGCCCUUGUGUCCGUCAAGGUGUUCUACAAACGCUGCCCGUCGACGGUGAGGAACCUGGCGGUAUUUCCAGACACGGUGCCACACACGGACUCGUCCUCGCUGGUGGAAGUGAGGGGCGCGUGUGUGGAGAAUGCAGAAGAAAGGGACACGCCCAAGCUGUACUGUGGGGCUGACGGAGACUGGCUGGUGCCCCUGGGCCGCUGCGUCUGUAGCAUCGGCCACGCCGAGAUGGAUGGCGACUGUCGGGCUUGUAAGCCUGGCUCCUUCAAAGCGUAUUCUGGGAACACCGAAUGCUCCAAGUGUCCUUCACACAGCUCCAGCCAUGACCAGGCCGCCACCAUCUGUCACUGCGACAAAGGCUUCUACAGAGCAAUCAAAGACUCCUCCACCGUGGCCUGCACAAGGCCUCCGUCGGCUCCCAGGAACCUGGUGUCGUUGAUCAACGACACGGCUCUCUUCUUGCAGUGGACGCCUCCCAUCGACACGGGAGGCAGGGAGGACAUCACUUACAACGUCCUGUGCCAGCGCUGUGAUGGAAGAGACGGCGACAGUGGCGUGACGCAGUGUGAGCCAUGUGAGCCAGACCUGCGCUUCAUCCCGCGGCCGCUCAGUCUGACCGCUACCUCCGUGGCGAUACUAGAUUUUGCGACGCACGUUAACUACACCUUUCAUGUGGAGGCGGCAAACGGCGUCUCUGGGCUGGGGGUGUCUCCACGCUCGCUGGCCAAUGUCACCGUCAAUACAAACCAAGCUGGUCCUGCUCUGGUGGGUGUAGUCAGGAAAGACUGGGCAUCCCAAAACAGCAUUGCCCUCUCCUGGCCAGAGGCGGAAAAGCUGCCCUCAGAAAUAGUGGACUAUGAAGUCAAAUACUUUGAGAAGGAGCAAGAGCAGCUGAGCUACUCAUCAACACGGACCAAAAACCCCAGCGUGGUUGUGACGGGUCUCAGACCCUCAACUGUCUACGUCUUCCACGUCCGUGUUCGCACUGCUGCUGGCUACACCGCUUACAGCCCCAACUAUGAGUUCGCCACAGCGGCCGAGGAUCCAGAUAUUUCUGAUCAAGGUCAAGUUCUGGUGGUCGUCACGGCGUCUGUAGGAGGUUUCUCCCUGCUGGUCAUCCUGACCCUCUUCCUCCUUAUCACUGGACGGUGUCAGGGUUACAUUAAAGCCAGGAUGAAGUCAGAGGAGAAGAGGAGGACUCGCUUCCGUGCUGGACAUGUCCCCUUCUCGGGGAUAAAGACCUAUGUGGAUCCAGAUACGUAUGAAGACCCAACUCAGGCUGUUGAGGAAUUUGCCAAAGAGAUUGACCCAUCAUACAUAUGCAUCGAGAGGGUGAUUGGUGCAGGGGAAUUUGGAGAAGUCUGUAGUGGUCGGUUGCACAUACCUGGAAGGAUGGACAUCGCCGUGGCAAUAAAGACACUUAAAGGCGGCUAUGUGGAACAACAGAGGCGAGACUUUUUACGCGAGGCUUCAAUAAUGGGACAGUUUGACAAUCCCAACAUCAUCAGGCUGGAGGGCGUGGUCACGAGGAGCAGACCGGUGAUGAUAGUUGUUGAGUACAUGGAAAACGGAGCGCUCGACUCUUUCCUCCGGGCGCGUGACGGACAGUUUACGGUGCUCCAGCUGGUUGGCAUGAUGCGUGGCAUCGCAGUGGGAAUGACCUAUCUCUCAGACAUGGGCUACAUACACAGAGACCUAGCUGCUCGCAACAUCCUGGUGGAUGAGAACUUGGUGUGUAAGGUGUCUGAUUUUGGCAUGUCCAGAGUCCUUGAAGAUGACACUGAAGCUGCCUACACUGCUACGGGAGGAAAGAUACCAAUACGCUGGACGGCACCGGAGGCGAUUGCUUAUGGAAAAUUUUCCUCAGUCAGUGAUGUAUGGAGCUACGGCAUUGUCAUGUGGGAAGUGAUGUCAUACGGUGAGAGGCCCUACUGGGAGAUGUCCAAUCAAGAUGUAAUUUUAUCAAUUGACGAAGGCUACCGUCUACCAGCACCGAUGGGCUGCCCCGUGACUCUGCACCAGCUGAUGUUGCACUGCUGGCAGAAGGAGUCCAACCAGCGGCCACGCUUCAACACCGUGCUCUCGUUCCUCGACAAACUCAUAAUCAAUCCCAGUAGUCUGCUCACUCUGGUGAAUGAUCUACAGAGUUACCCCGACUCCCCAGAUGACAUGCCGGACUACCCUCUUUUCAUCUCUAUCGGCGACUGGCUUGACUCUAUCAAAAUGAGCCAGUACAAGAACAACUUCCUUGCAGCGGGUUACACGACCCUGGAUUCCAUUUCAACAAUGAGCUUAGAUGACAUCAGGCGUAUCGGGAUCUGUUUGAUUGGCCACCAGAGGAGAAUAUUAAGCAGCAUACAGUCCCUCCGCCUGCAGCUUCACCACAUCCAACAGAGUGGCUUUCAAGUAUGAGACCAUCACACAAAGACAGAAUGUGUUUUCAAACUGAGACGGAAAAACCCACCAGACUUCCUUGGCAUCGCCAUUCGAUUAAUCGGACAAACACCAGACUUUUAGGUGUAGCAGGAACCAAACGCUGCUCGUGUGAAAGAGGGCCGCUGCUAGACACACGCUCAUCACCUUGUGGAUCCUCAUCACUACAGCCUCCGCAACAACCAACCUCUGUCAGUGUUGGCCAAAUACCCUCUCUUUAUUAUCUCAGCAACUGUUAGCAUUCACUUGAAUUUCGGAACCUCUUUACUGUAGUGUCUAUUCAAGUGUUCACCGAUACCUCUUCUCUUUCCAAUUGACAAUCCAAUGGUUUUUAUUGACUUUGAAUGGUCUCAAGUCAGUUACCUCAUGACCGCAGAGGAAGUGGAUGGAACGGAGGGUAAAUGCUGAUGAAUGGCACAGUGUGCGAUUUUAAUAACAACCUUUCAAGUCGGUUAAUGAAACAGUUCACCAGGAAUAAAGAUUGAAAGAAUGGUAAAUACAAUCAUGUUUUUUCAACUGAAGACCGCUGAAUGUCAAAAGAUUUUAUAGAAAUAUAUGUUCUAUCCUCAUGAUAAUGCAGUAUGUCUUGUACAAAAUGUCUUGUGAAAAUUGUAUGUUUUAUUCAGUAAGUUCCUUAAUAAACAACCCUAUUUUAA